UUUCAAUUAUUUAUUCUUGCAGAGGUUGUUGUCAGCCCUCCAUUCGUGUUUCUUCCAGUGGUUAAAAGUUCACUGCGACCAGAUUUCCAUGUAGCAGCCCAAAAUUGUUGGGUAAAGAAAGGGGGUGCUUACACCGGUGAGAUUAGUGCUGAGAUGCUCGUCAAUUUGGACAUUCCUUGGGUGAUUCUGGGUCACUCAGAGAGGAGGGCUUUGUUAAGCGAAUCAAACGAGUUCGUUGGAGAGAAAGUUGCAUAUGCUCUUUCCAAAGGUCUGAAGGUCAUUGCUUGUAUUGGUGAGACUCUUGAGCAGAGAGAAGCAGGAUCAACUAUGGAUGUUGUUGCUGCACAAACAAAGGCUAUUGCUGCACGGAUUUCCGAUUGGACUAAUGUUGUUUUGGCUUAUGAACCUGUUUGGGCUAUUGGAACGGGGAAGGUUGCAACUCCUGCUCAGGCUCAGGAAGUACAUGCUGAACUGAGGAAAUGGCUUCAUGCGAAUGUUAGCCCUGAAGUUGCUGCUUCAACCAGGAUUAUCUAUGGAGGUUCCGUGAAUGGUGCCAACUGCAAGGAAUUGGCUGCAAAUCCUGAUGUUGAUGGCUUUUUAGUUGGUGGUGCUUCUCUCAAGCCUGAAUUCAUCGACAUUAUCAAGUCUGCCGAGGUGAAGAAAAGUGCUUGAGUUCAGUAUCACUCGUGUGGUGAAUUUUUUGAGGCUUUUGCAAGGGGAGUUAUAAUAACCUCUAUCCGGGCUUUACCUGGAUUAACUUGUGCAUUUAUACUUUCGACUGCACUGAAGUUGCCUUUGUUGUUUAAAUAAAUAUACGCUAAAUCGUAUCUACUCGUAAAUUGUGAGUAUUUUCUUGAUAAAAGGAUCCAUAAGUAUCUAUUUGGAACUUCGCUUAGAUGUGUGUCGAACCCUUUGAUGGAAAGAUUUGCCUGCACUGCUAUUGGAUAUUUGAAAUAAACACAAAAACAAGGCAGUCUUUCUAGAGAUGAA